UUAAAUACCCCUCCCCUGACGCGCACUCGGCACUCUCGAGUAAACCCUCAGAGACGAGCAACACCCACCGGGGCUGAUCGGUGAAACUCAUGUUUCUAGAGGGAGAACGGAUUAUGAACGCGUUCGGGCAGCAGCCGUCGAGCCAGCAGACCAGUCCCCUCCAGCACCACAACGCGCAGGACAUCCUGGACAUGACCGUGUACUGCGACACCAACUUCAGCAUGUACCAACAGAACCUCCACCAUCACCACCACCACGCGCAGAGGCCACCUGCGCAUCCUUCCAGCUACGCACUCGGCGAAUACACCUCAGCCACAGCCAACCCCUACCUGUGGAUGAACAGUCCGGGUAUCACCUCAUCCCCCUAUCUCUCAGGCCCGAACGGAGGCUCUUACAUUCAGUCAGGAUUUGGGAUAGAUUCUCAUAGUGACAAUAUAUCUGUGAUGGACACUGACUUCCAUGCUGAAGGUGUUGCCCCGUUGCUGAAGGUCCAGGCUGACCGCGGGGCCCCUGGGGCCCCUCACCCUUCACCUUUCCCAUCUCCCAGGUGCCAGGCUCCUGUAUGUGAGGCCUGUGAACAAUCCAGCCUGCACUUCAAGGCUGGGCCGGACUUCAGAGGAAUCCGCUAUCAAUCUAAAGAAGAGAAGAAAGAGCUUUAA